AUCAUGCUAGCAGGAUCCAUGGAGGUAGGAACGAUUCUCACUGCCAAUAUUUACGAAAGUUGGCUUGUAGACAAGUAGUAGAUCGUCAUAAAUCAGUAGAAAGUUAUGGCGUAAUAAAUGACCCACCUUCUCGCAAUUGUUUGAAGGUAUCUCUAAAGGACCAG